CACGAUACAGCUGGCAAAACCUCCUACCACUCUCGUUCUGAUGUCUGAACCUGAUCCAAAAUCCACCAUCCAGGCUCCCGCGUCGAAACGCCGUCAACCAUGGCGACCCACGAAACACCUCCUUCCGAGCCAACCACCUCGGGACGAGCAGAUCAAGGAGGAGAUCUACAACAACUCGGUCGCUGCCGCAGAACAAUGGGGAGGAGCUUUGGAUUUCGCUGGGAGGGCACCUAAACGGUUGAAACCGAGACGGACGGUGGACUAUUCGGCGGGAGCGGCGAGGUGGCAGACGCUACGCAAACUUAGAUCCGGACUACCGCAACCACCCGUAGUCUACCCAGGAGCCUCCAACAUGUGCAAGCUCCUCCCACCAGGAGCCUAUAUGUCAAAUCCGGUCGCUUCGAUAUGCGAGGUGUUCGUACACGGGUCGACCAACAAGGAACGGAGUCCGAUCAGCGUCGCCAAGUGGGCACCUGACGGCCGCUGGUGUCUGACAGGCAAUCAGAUGGGUCAAUUCACCAUCUGGAACGGUGCCACCUUCAACUUUGAAUCCCUCAAACAGGCUCACGAUCACCCCAUCCGUUCGCUCGCCUACUCUCAUUCCGGUCUCUUCUUCCUGUCCGGCGACCAAGGGGGGAUACUCAAAUAUUACACGCCGACCAUCAACAACCUGGAAUCGUUGACCGCGCAUAGAGAGGCGGUCAGGUCGAUCUCGUUUAGCCCGAACGACGAAAAGUUUGUCACCGGCGGAGACGAUGGAGGGGUCAAGAUCUGGAACUUUGGGAGUCGGCAGGAAGAAAAGGUCUUGAGCGGCCACGGAUGGGAUGUGAGGUGUGUGGAUUGGCACCCGAGCAAAGGGCUCGUGGCGAGUGGGAGCAAGGACAUGUUGGUCAAGUUUUGGGAUCCGAGGUCGGGCAAGGAUCUGAGCACGUUACGAACGCACAAGGCAGUAAUCAACGCUCUCGAAUGGAGUAGGAACGGACACUUGGUCGCUACAGCUGGUGGAGAUGGGCUCGUCAGGUUGUUUGACAUCCGGACGUUCAAAGAGUUGGAACCGCUCAAGGGACAUCCAAAGGAGGUGACUUCCGUCACGUGGCAUCCGGUACAUAGCAACAUCCUCUCUUCAGGCGGGAUGGAUGGCUCCAUCUCACACUGGUGUAUCGACCAAGCGGACCCAACAACCCCGGUCGUCACGCUCGAAGCGGCCCACGAUUCCACCGUCUGGGCGCUCGACUACCAUCCUCUCGGCUACGUGCUAGCUUCGGCGAGCAAGGACUAUUCGACGCGGUUCUGGUGCAGGGCAAGAGCGACGGGAGGGCAGGAGACGGAUAGGUGGCACAUCGGGGAUGCGGCGAGCGAGGCGGCUGGGAAACCAAAGUGGUCGCAGAGGGUCGAGGAGGACGAUCAGGAUGAGGCGAUGCCUCUACCUGGAUUGGGCGCACCGGCAGCAGCCGCAGUAUCAACGACAAGACCGAUUCCCAACGCCCAGAAUACGACGAGACCGGGCGAUUUCGCACUUCCAGGAUUGUCUGCUGCUAUGCCUGCACCGACAUUACCACCACCAUCAUCGAUGCAGAUGCAGAUACCUCCUCUUCCGGGGAUGCCUCAGCCUACCAUGAUGCAGCCACAACCACAACAGAUGGCACCGUCAGCUUUGCCGGGGAUGAACCCGAUGCCUAAUAUGUCAUAUGGGAUGCCACCUCCAAUUCAGUCAUAUGGACCCGGAGCUGGAGCGAUGCCAAGGCAGAACAACCACAACGGUCCGCCUCCUGGUUUCUUGCCUCCACCUCAAGGUCAGGAAACCGUCGCUGGGCGAAGAGGAGGCCCGUUACCGAGUCAGGAACAGAUGUUGCAGCAGAUCGGGUACGAACCGCCCCAGUGGGGUGGGAACCGGGGUCGGCGGCGAUAGCGGGUAAUCGCCCGCCGUUAUCGUAUUCUAGUACACUGGUGUAUGGAUAUAAUACAGAUGAACACGAUACCACCAUCAAGCGCUGUC